AUGAAAUUUCCAAAGCGUUACUUAGUCGUCAUAUUGACCUUCAUCAGCACAUCCGUUUGCUAUAUAGAACGUGUCGGGUUUUCAAUUGCAUACACUGUUGCCGCUGAUGCUGCUGGGGUAAAUCAAUCAAGUAAAGGCACAAUUCUUUCUACAUUCUAUUAUGGCUAUGCUUGUUCACAAGUGCCUGGUGGCUGGGCAGCUCAGAAAAUCGGGGGAAGGAAGGUUCUUCUCCUUUCAUUUGUGUUAUGGUCAUCGACUUGUGCAUUGAUUCCUUUGGACCCCAAUCGAGUCUUUGUCAUGGUGAUUGCUAGAUUGCUUGUUGGUGUUGCACAAGGUUUCAUCUUCCCCUCAAUCCACACAGUUCUAGCACAGUGGGUUCCACCACACGAAAGAUCCAGAUCUGUUUCUCUUACAACUUCUGGUAUGUACCUUGGUGCUGCGGCAGGAAUGCUUUUCCUUCCAAGCCUUGUAAAGUAUAAAGGCCCCCAAUCCGUCUUUCUUGCUGAGGCAGCACUAGGAGCCAUGUGGUCUUUGCUUUGGUUUAAGUAUGCCAGUGACCCACCUCGCUCUGAACAUCCAAAAGCCACAGCUGCUGGUUUCGGGGAAUCAAUGCUGCCAAUCAAAGGAAGUCAAAAGUUGAAACUAGAAAAUGGAGGAAGUUCUGUCAGAACUGCCAAAAUUCCAUGGAAGAAAAUUUUACUCAGUUUGCCAGUCUGGGCAAUUGUGGUUAAUAAUUUCACGUUCCAUUAUGCUUUAUAUGUGUUAAUGAACUGGCUGCCGACUUACUUUGAAUUGGGCCUCCAGCUUAGCCUUCAGGAAAUGGGUUCUUCUAAGAUGUUGCCGUAUCUCAACAUGUUUAUUUUCUCAAAUAUAGGUGGGGUGGUUGCUGAUCACUUGGUCACCAAGAGAAUCUUGUCUGUGACUAGAACCCGGAAGCUCUUGAACACCAUCGGGUUCAUAGUUGCUUCUCUUGCAUUGAUGGCAAUUCCCAUAUUCAGAACAUCUGGUGGGGCUGUUCUCUGCUCUUCUGUGGCUCUCGGUUUCUUGGCACUUGGGAGAGCUGGUUUUGCAGUGAAUCACAUGGAUAUUGCCCCGAGAUAUGCAGGCAUUGUGAUGGGAGUUUCUAACACUGCUGGUACGUUAGCUGGCAUUAUUGGAGUUGAUCUGACCGGCAAACUUCUUGAAGCUGCAAGAACUGUUGAUUCAAGUCUUUCAAGUGCAGAGAGCUGGAGAGUGGUGUUUUUCAUCCCGGGUUUGCUUUGCAUUUUUAGUUCUUUAGUAUUUUUACUAUUCUCAACAGGGGAGAGAAUUUUUGACUGA